AUAAUUCUGUAGUGCGGAAAUGACGUCAUUGCCUCGCGACAAGCGUGCACCUUAGAGGACGCUGAGUAAGGCAUGGAACACCUUGGUGCAUUACUACUGCUGUUGACUUGGGUGUCAUGUUUUCCAACAGAAGGUUUUCCAAAGCACAGCAUAGAGCAGUUUGUGUGUAAUAACGGCAGACGUGUGCCUCUGAAUCAGCGCUGUGAUGGUGUGGACCACUGUGGCGAUGGCAGCGAUGAGAUCUCCUGUUUGAAUUGCACUAAUGGCUCCUUCCACUGUGUGGCAGCAGCGCGCUGUGUUUCUGCCCGCAGCAUUUGUGAUGGAAAGCCUGACUGCUCAGAUGGAGCAGAUGAACAGUUAGACACAUGCACAUUGCUGUCUAAAGCACAGACGUGCGCUAGGUCAGAGUUCAGAUGUGCUAAUGGACACUGUGUGCCCAAUUCAUGGAGGUGUGACCACUCCUUUGACUGUGAAGAUCAUAGUGAUGAGGAGAACUGUGAUCACAACGAAUGUGAGCUUGAUAACGGCGGCUGUUCUCACAUAUGUAUUGAUCUGCCAUUUGGCUUCAUGUGUGACUGUCCCAGUGGAAUGAGGCUGGUCCAGGACACACACUGUGAGGAUGUGGACCACUGUCUUGAUUCAGAUGUGUGUGAUCAAAUUUGCGUCCAUUCCAAUGGAUCUCUUGCAUGUGAAUGUCAGGAUGGGUAUGAACUGACCACCGGGACCGGACGGUGCAAAGCUACAGGUGUUGUUGCUCAUGUGGUGGUCAGCACUCAAGAGGGUGUUCAGUGGAUGGACCUCAGCGGCUCUGAGCAAAGAAACAUCACGUAUAAAAGAGUCUCGCCAGGACCUGUUACAGCACUUAAUGCAAAUAACACGCUAUACUUGACCAGUCUUGAGAAUGACGUCAUCUACAGAAUGUCUUUAGACUCCAGUGAUCAUAGACCAGCUGUGUUGUUAAAGGCCUCCAUUGGCAUUCAGGGAUUGGCGGUAGACUGGAUCCAUGAGCUUCUGUACUGGGUCAGCACCAGUACUCAUGCUUUACACGUGGCCUCUCUGAAUGGCUCCAAACAGAGGCAGCUCGUCUCUGGACUCUCCAGACCUACUGCAGUUGCUGUCCAGCCACUGCUAGGGUAUCUGUUCUGGGCAGACAGUGGGGAGUCUCCCAGAAUUGAGCGUGCGAGUUUGGAUGGGACAAGCAGAAUAGCAUUGAUAACUUCAUCCAUACGUUACCCUGUCGCAAUCUCCCUAGAUAUCCCCCGUGGUCUGCUGUACUGGGCUGACUCAGGCCUGCGCACUGUAUCAAGGGUUGCAUUUGAUGGACAACAUAGAAAAACAGUUGUAGAGUCCAACGGUUAUCUGGAUCAACCAUUUGGACUGGCCGUAUUUGAGAGUCGAGUGUACUGGAGUGACCAGUUGACCAACUCUAUCUGUAGUGCAGACAAGCACAACGGCAAUGUUCUCCAGGUGUCUCAAAGACUCGGUUCUGUUUCACCAGCUGGUCUGGUCAUCCUUCAGCCUCUGUUACAGCCUGCAGGUCAUGGUGCAUGCAGUAUUUCUGGAGAGGUUUGUUUGUCAGUCUGCAUCACAGAUCUCUUCUCUGAAAAACCACAAUUCAUUUGCUCUGGUCCACAAGACUCUAACUUUGACAAAGAUCCAUUGCGUUCAGAAACAAGAAGUCUACUUCCUGAUUCACCAUUUCCAUGGAUUCUGUCUUUGAGCGUCAUCAUCAGUUUGCUGUUGGUGGGGGUGGUGCUAUGGCGGCAGCCAUCUGUGCUCCUCGUUCUCUUUCUCUUCUUGGAGAUGUGACUCUUAAAGAAUCCCAGGAUCCUUUUCUGUUAUCCAAGCUACCUGAGCAUAAGCACACUCAGCCUUCGAACUCAAAAAACGAAAAACAAUUGCGCAGUCAUUCAUUCAAAACAGAAUGGCCAUGAAUGAAAACAAUUAUUAACUAAAGGGUUAGUUCACUCAUUAAUUACUCACACUCAUGCCGUUCCAAACCCGUAAGACCUUCGUUCAUCUUUGGAACACAAAUUAAACGGGACAUCGGAUGCCAAUUUUCCACAAGUUAGUAUGAUUCUUUUGGGUCUUCAUGAAAAGUCUAUAACAUACUUUGAUUAAAAUUUCUUAAUGGUUGUGUAAAAAAACACCCCUUUUACCUUGUCAAAAACAGCUCUGUUCACAGUGAACCGUUUUGGUGCAUGUCCCUUUAAAUGAUAAUGAGCUACUGUUCACCCCACCCCUAUCUUCCGUGGGCGGGCUGUAAACACUAUUUGGCAGGUAUUGCAUUGAACUGACCAUUCUUAUUUAUGCAGUUAUAAAUGCUCAAAAACGAUUAAAAUACAUUUGAAAAUUACUUGUUAGACAUUAACUAACACCUCAUUAUAGUGUUACCAUGUUAUCUUUACAUAAAAUGUAAAGUUUGUAAUAAGACAAUCAUCUUAAUGCAUUGUUCAUUAUAAACGUGCAGUUAUGAAUUACAGUGAGAAGGUUCUAAAUAGAAAUGACGACAUAUAUGUUUGUUCGACUGUAUUAUUUUGAUAUUUUCAAUGUCACGUUUGCAGUGCUUUGUUGUGUGUGCGUGAGGCGCCGGCGCGAUCAAACAGCAGUCUUUGCAAGGGACUUGCCUCAUCGUCAUGGCAACAGUUCGUGUCCAGGUCAGAUUACGUCAGAAUUUGUUGUCGUUUGUGGGAAAAUCAGACAUUACCCCAAAGUCUCUUUAAGACAAGUCAUUUCACUCGGCGGCCAUCUUUGAAACGCCUCUUGGGCAUCCUGGGCAUCAUGCUGCUCCUGUCUCUUUGAAUGGGGAAACAUCAAAUUCUCCAAAACUGUUCGCCAACCUUACGAUUAAAUUUCAUAUUUGAAAUCACCAAUGAAAUCUAACAACAACCGGCUCAUAAAUUUAGUUUCUAAACGCUCGAAUCAUGACAAAAAAAAUGCAUUUUUCAGGCUGGAUCAAGCUAAUGCGCAUGCGCAGACCUAAAUGCGCGUCUCUUGUGCCUCAUUUCGGAGGCGCGCUUCUGACUGUUUCUAUAGAAACCGGUGCUUCUAACGGCCGCUGCAGUGACGCGAUGACUUUACAAGUCGGCAAUUGGCUCUUAUUUUGAAGGCGGGACUUAUUCCGCCAUAUUGCGCGUUACACUUUCUCCCAUUCAAAACAAUACAAUUGACAUGUCUUGUGUUAUUCUAUAGUCUUUGAUUCCCCGACCCAACGAACGCCGAUUAAACAUGUUCAGUCACGUGAAAACAAACUCCGACCAGCGGCAACAGACGCCGACAGGGGUAUCACACACGUUUCACACUAGCAGUGUCCUGAUCCAACAAACUCCAACAGACGCGUUUGUUGGCGUUUAUCUGUGCGGUGUGAACUGGCCUUUACCUUCAGCCGCAUUCGUUGUGGAACUCGCUAACUAGCACAUUAUUAGGAAAGGCGAUUUGCAAAGAUUCAAAAAAAAAAAAAAGCUGGCAUCCAAUUUGUUGCAUUACUGCCACCUACUGUAUUAAAUUCCCUUUACACUAUAUUCUCUUCUCCAAUCCAGUUUCUUUUAAAAAACCUAAUAAAUAUUUCCUGCCUUUUUGUUUCUCUGCACACUCUAAAAUACUUUUAACACUUCCCUCUACCCGUCCUAAACUCUGUAACUGGGUCAUCAUUUCUUGUCUUUCUUGAAUGAACCUCCCACAAGAUAUUAAAACAUGCUCAACCGUUUCAUAUUUCUGACAUUGUGUGCACAUUCCUGUUGGGUGUUUCCCCAUAAUAUGUAAAGUGCCAUUAAGAUUGCUAUGCCCCAUUCUUAUUCUGCUUGAACUGACUUGUUCUCUCCUACUCGUACCAUUAUCUCUUGACACACCCACUCUGCUUUGUAUUGAAUAUAAAUGUCUCCCUUUUGUUUCAUUCUACCACUGCUGCUGCCAUUAUUUCUUUCCACACUAUGCUCUUUCCCUCUGAUUUAGAUAACUUAAUAUUGAUUUCAACAUUUUCCUUUUUAGUUGCCAUUUUUGCCAACUUGUCUGCCCUUUUAUUGCCCGCAAUACCUGAAUGAGCCGGAACCCACAUGAAUGCAAUAUUCUUCCCCUGCCUAACUGCUGUUGUAUAAAUAAAUAAAAUAUCAUAGAUCAAGCCCUUAUGGUUUCUAGUUGUGCCUGAUUUAAUGCUCGAAAGAGCAGAUACAGAGUCACUACAUACUAAAAACUUGUUGGCGCCACUUUCUACAAUCCACUCUAUUGCUUCCAAAAUUUCAACUAAUUCUACAGCAUAUACACUUAAAUAAUCAUAUGUUCUUUUGACUGUCUGUUUACAGCUCACUCAGGGCGGGUCUUUGCUAAAACGGCAGUGUCCGUCAAGAGUCGUGGGAGGGGCCUGUGCAAAUUUAUGUCACUUUGCCAAGAAUCUGUGAACGGCUUGAUCUGACAAAGUGCUUAUGAUUUGUGGGGAUUAAAAAAAAAAAAAAAAGCACUGGGUGGAUUUUUAUCAUUAUAGGUUGGUUGUGUAGACACACUGCCAACACACAUUUAUGUCCAAACACCAUGUAAAAGUGAAUUUUGCAUCCAAUGUCCCCUUUAAGAUAUUUUUGAUGAAAUCCGAGAGCUUUAUAACUUUAAGGUUGAACCACUGUAGACACAUGGGCUAUUUUAAUGAUGUCUUUACUACCUUUCUGGUCAGAAAGCUCUUGGAUUUCAUCAAAAAUAUCUUAAUUUGUCUUCUGAAGAUGAACAAAGGUCUUACAAGUUUGGAACGACAUGAGGGUGAGUAAUUAAUGACAGAAAUUAAAUUUUUGGGUAAACUAACCCUUUAAAUUAAAAUAAAUGUGUUUCAAUUAAAGGGCUGGCCGAUAAACAAUAUAUCGAGGUCGCAAUAAUAUUUACGUCGAUAACAAUGAUAAGCUCUGGACAUUUUUACUCGAUAUGGAUUAAUCUAACAGCCUAUCACACAGCUAAAAUAAACGCAACAACAGCCAGUCAGUGCAUGUCGCUAAUAAGUCAUUUCUCCGUGUAUCUGUUUGAAUGAAUGGUGCGUGGUUUCGUCUGAUAUACAAACUCACACACGUGACACAGCAUCUGCCGUCUCAAUAUAUGAGGACAUGAACUUCAUCUCCAGAGCUGGGAGUCACUUCACAGGCUUUUCACUGUUUCAUUUGAGAAAAAUUACCAUCAAAUACACACUGAAACUGAAACUAAAACUGAAAGAGCUUCAUGACAAACUGACGAAAUAAAAGUUUGGUUUAACUUCAAGAAAUUAUGACCGAAAUAUAUCUCUACUGUAUACUAAAAUGUACUUCUCAAAGUAAUAAUAAUAAUACGUAUAAGGAAUAUCAUAAAACCAAGAUAUUUUUUUCAUCCAUGUUUUUAAUUUAUACAGUUCUGUUGUGCAGCAUCUUAUUUGACAAAAAAUAAAAAUGAUUUGUUGUAAAUUAA